AUGGCUGGAGCUUCUUUCCCGGCCGCCGCUCCCAAGCCGUUGCGGGGGACUACUGGUGCCCAGAGGCAAAAGACGGUGACGGGCUGCAUAGGAUGCAGACUUCGGCGCAAGAAAUGUGACGAGACCAGACCACAAUGCUUGGGAUGCGGGCGCAAUGGCCUCUUGUGUGUCUUUCCCGAAGCCGGCAACGAGGAGCAUGCGCGACUUCUGAGGCGGACGAACUGCACUCGCAAACAGCCAGUAUAUGAGACAGGAAAGCAUCAAGUGGACCCGAACAUUUCCCACUCUUCGACCCGCCUAGAAGAUCUAUCGAGCCCACGAAUGCUCGGCAUAGAGCAAUGCAUGGUUCCUGGAAAUCAUCAUUUGAGGCAGCCGGCCUCUCAGCGAUUACUGCACCACUACAUCAAUCGCACGAGUAAAGCCAUGGCUACGUGUCGUGACGUAGAAUCCCCCUUUCUCACGGAACUGAUCCCCGUGGCCAUGGCCAACGACGAGCUGGUCUUGAAUGCCAUACUGGCUUGCAGUGGCAUCCACCUUGCUGCCCUUUCGGGGUCCGUCGUCGAUGCCACAACCUGGGUGCACUACGGUCAAGCAGUUCAAAAUCAAAAGUUUGCUCUUACGCAACUGGUCCAGGGAAGCAGUAGACCCCUUGUUUCGGCUACAAUUACUGCCAUUCUGCUGUGCAUCGCAGAGACUUUCCUAGCCGGAGCUGGUAAGCAAGCAAUGAAUCAUCUCAAGGCAGCACAGGCCAUGAUGCGACAGGUCCUGGACCUUCCAAAGGAGAUGCUCGAUAAAGGAGUAAGGACAUUCUUGGUAGAACGUGUCAGUUACAUGAUCACGCUCGCCCACGUAAGCUUGGGUAGUACCCAUGACCAGUCAAUCUUGAAUGACACUGCAGUACUAUUCUCGAGCAUACACUCCAUGCCAUUAAUCCAAGGGAGCUCGAGCUCUGGUUGUGUACAUGACCUCUUUUGGUUGAUACCACAAGUCUCGGCUAUUGCUCAUCGAGCAUCAAACGAAAUCCGAUCAGUGGCACAGUUCACUCCAGAGAUCAUCGCCGAGUACCAAAGCCUUCUGUGUUCGGUCUCGUCCUGGGAACCAAAAUCCGGCGACGAAAUCUAUAAUUCAUGUGGUAGAGUUUAUCAACAGGCUCUGCUCGUAUACUUGGCUUCCGUAUUUGACGCCGAGUCACUGUCACACCCAGCCUCCAAAAGUGCGUACUCUUCCAUGAUCCACAAGGCUUUCGAGUGCAUCGAAGGAUUACUGGACUUGUCGACCCUCAAUGCGACGCGUAUCACCACUACACUGUGCUGGCCUCUGGCCAUAUUCGGAGCCUGUGCCCGAACUCGGGUUCACCAAACUUUCAUUGAUACAAAGCUUGCUACGAUAGCAGAAGCGUAUGCAUCGCAAAGUGUCAGGGACACUAGAGACUUGCUUCAGAGGCUCUGGAGCUCUAACAAUCCAAGGACUUACAGCCCAUUGGAAUUGGAGCAACUCAUGCAAGAGGACGAUGUUACGAUAUUGUUUCUUUAA